AUGACGGUUACCAUGCAACUUUGCAUAGACAGUAGAGUUCAAAUUACCAUGGCUAUCACUUGUGGAACUUUCCGCGAUAUCCGCAAUAUCCUUGUGGAGGUAAUCGGGAGACAGGCUCAUCGCCGUGGAGAUUGGGUAUCUCGGUCUGAAGCAAAAGUUUUAUUCACUGCUCCUGUUCCCACUCUCACCGAGAAAGAAGUGAAUCUCCGCGGACGUGUCAAGAUUUCUAUCUGGAGCAUGGAGCCAUCAAACAUUCUGAAUAUUGUCACUGCUCGUAGUUUGUAUAGUCCAAAUACAGGACUUGAAUACUCAGCUGAAUUUCAACUUGUAGGGAAUACCGAAUUCAACACUCGAACUCAGUAUUGA